AUGGCGUGGCAGCCAUUGCGUCGUGAAUUUCGCUAUUCGCUGUUCUGGCGCAAACAAAAUAGGAAGGGAGAUGAUAAUGGUCUUCAGGAAACUGAUAAGUCUCUGGAGUUACCAUCAUUUUCCUGUCUUUCGUCUGAUGUUGGCAAAAUGAAAUUUGCUAAACAAACACAUAUGCUGGUCAAGAAGUAUAACCAAUCCAGGAGAACAAAUUAUUCUGCUGAAGCAUGUACAUAUGAUGGUAAAGUUCUCAGUAAUGCUUCAAGUGCUGCACAAGAAAGGGUUGGGGUGCUGCUGUUGAAUCUUGGAGCAUUGAAACUGGCCCUUGAAGACAAGGAUCUGCAAGCUGAUGUAUAUGUUGGUAUGCGAUAUUGGCACCCUUUCACAGAGGAUGCUCUUCAUCAGAUAAAGAAGGACAAAAUAACAAAGCUCGUUGUGCUUCCACUUUAUCCUCAAUUCUCUAUAUCUACUAGUGGUUCUAGCAUCUGUGUUCUCCAGAGCAUCAUCAGGGAAGAUGUUUAUUUUACAAGAUUGCCAAUUUCUAUCAUCGAAUCAUGGUAUCAACGUGAAGGGUAUAUUAACUCAAUGGUUGACUUGAUAGAAAAUGAGCUAUUAAUUUUCUCUAAGCCAGAGGAGGUCAUGGUAUUCUUUAGCGCACAUGGAGUUCCACUUAGUUUUGUCGAGGAUGCAGGAGAUCCAUACAGAGAUCAGAUGGAAGAGUGUAUUGCUUUGAUCAUGGAUGAGUUGAAAUCUAGAGGAAUUCACAAUCACCACAUUCUGGCUUAUCAGAGCCCAGUUGGGCCUGUUCAAUGGUUGAAGCCUUAUACUGACGAAGUAAUUGUUGAGCUUGGCCGGAGAGGUAUAAGGAGCCUUCUGGCUGUUCCUGUCAGCAUCUUUGGAUGUGAAAGGAAUGAUAUGCCAAUCUCAUACGCAAGCAUCAAUACCAGCGAGACAUGCCUGGGAUUUCAUUUCAAAGUUUGCACGCAUUUUGUUCCGUGCUUCUUCUGCAUACGAAGCCACUAAUGAACAUCCAUCCAUAGUAUUGAUGCUAUGUGUUAUGAGAAUGGUUUAUAGGGACGAAGAGUUACACGAACGACGACGAAGGCUGUUUGUCCAGUAGACCAGUUUGUCUGGUUUUAAUUUGUCCUAUCUAUGCUUUAUUAGGAAUCCAAACUGAUGUGUGAUGACACAGUUGGUGAUUCUUAGACCAAACGUAAGUCUCAUUCUUCUCGUGCACCGCGGCUUACAUCUUAAGUUUGUCU